GACGGGCGGCAGAGCCCAGUUUCCCUGCUGAGAAGCCCAACUACACCCUGACCCUGAGUUCUGCCCCUCUGUGGGUGACUGGUUCUCCUUAACCACUUCUGCUCCAGCCGAGGUCCAGCAUUGCCAUGGGAGUGAUGGAUGAAGCCUUACUCUGCCCGCGGGGGCAUUUCCAACUUUAGAUAAUGCCUCACAGUUCUGCUCCCCCGGGACCCCCUGAAGUCCCCAUGCCCCCCAAGAAGACAGCUUGAACCUAGACCCCUCCCAGGAUGUUGUGGCGGCUGCUGGAGCGACCCUGCACGCUGGCCCUGCUUGUGGGCUCCCAGCUGGCUGUCAUGAUGUACCUGUCACUGGGAGGCUUCCGGAGCCUCAGUGCCCUAUUUGGCCGAGAUCAAGGGCCCACUUUUGAUUAUGCUCACCCUCAUGAUGUCUACACUAAUCUCAGUCACCUGCCUGGGGUCCCUGUUGGCCCGGGAGGCCCUCCAGCUCCUCAAGGCCUACCCUACUGCCCAGAAAGAUCUCCUCUCUUAGUGGGUCCUGUGUCGGUGUCCUUUAGCCCAGUGCCCUCGCUGGCAGAGAUUGUGGAGCGGAAUCCACGGGUGGAACUGGGGGGCCGGUACCGCCCGGCAGGGUGUGAGCCCCGCUCCCGGACAGCCAUCAUUGUGCCUCACCGUGCCCGGGAGCACCACCUCCGCCUGCUGCUCUACCACCUGCACCCCUUUCUGCAGCGCCAGCAGCUUGCCUACGGCAUCUAUGUCGUCCACCAGGCCGGAAACGGAACGUUUAACAGGGCAAAGCUGCUGAAUGUUGGAGUGCGGGAGGCCCUGCGGGAUGAGGAGUGGGACUGUCUGUUUCUGCACGAUGUGGACCUCCUGCCAGAGAAUGACCACAAUCUGUAUGUGUGUGACCCCCGGGGACCCCGGCACGUCGCUGUUGCCAUGAACAAGUUUGGAUACAGCCUUCCGUACCCCCAGUAUUUUGGCGGGGUCUCGGCACUCACUCCCGACCAGUACCUGAAGAUGAACGGCUUCCCCAAUGAGUACUGGGGCUGGGGUGGCGAAGACGACGACAUCGCCACCAGGGUACGCCUGGCUGGGAUGAAGAUCUCUCGCCCUCCCACCUCCGUGGGACACUAUAAGAUGGUGAAGCACCGUGGCGAUAGAGGCAAUGAGGAAAACCCUCACAGGUUUGACCUCCUGGUCCGGACCCAGAAUUCCUGGACACAAGAUGGGAUGAACUCACUGACAUACCGACUGUUGGCUCGAGAGCUGGGCCCUCUCUAUACCAACGUCACAGCAGACAUUGGGACUGACCCCCGGGGCCCCCGGGCCCCCUCUGGUCCCCGUUACCCACCUGGUUCCUCCCAGGCCUUCCGUCAAGAGAUGCUGCAUCGCCGGCCUCCGGCCAGGCCCGGCCCUCCAACUACUGCCAACCACACAAUCCCCCAUGGUUCUCACUGACCCUCCUCCCGCCCACCUCAAUCAUGAAACUAAAUCAGAGGGGUUGUACUCUCCUCACCCGCGGCCCCUCACUCAUCUGUAGAGGGAUGUGGGGCCUGAAAUGUAGUGCUGGGGCUUCUCCUCACUGCUGGACUGGAGCUGGGCUCCGCUAGGCCCGAAGGGUUACCUGCCAGUGCUUAUGAAUGUGAAUCCUGAUGUCAUGAUUUUAUGUGACAAUUCCUAGGAGUCCCCUGUCCCUAGGGUAGGAGCAGGGCAGGACUCCAAGCCCCUUCCUCUUCCAUGGAUAGAAGAGAGAUGUGGCUUCGUGGCUUCUCCCCGGGCCGCUUGUGAAUAUUUAUUCUAUUUAUGGUUCCGGGAAGCGUGUUUGGUGAAGGAAGCCCCUUCCUGGGCAUUUUUUGCCAGUGCUGGGGCUGCUCCCUCUCCUGACCCUGGCUCGGGGCUGGAAUUUUGAUAUAUUUUCUAAUAAAGGACUUGGUCUCGC